CAACACUAACUGCUAUGAUGAUCAUUAAUGUAAUACUGGCUUUCGAUGUGGCAUUUCAUCGGUGCGGAAGACCAAACUGCUUAGGAAAGUGUUUUAUUUUGAAAAUGGAGUCUUCUUCUCUAAAUUGAGUCAGAUGUGUUUCCCUCUUGUGGUCACCAGAGAUGAGACUAACAGCUCAGAUCAGAGGGAGGAGUUUCAACUUCCUCGUCUAAUUUAGCAACAACUGUAGGAAGAAAUACAAGAAUUACAUGAGAAAGUUAAACAUUACAGGAUAAAUAGUUAGCUGAACUGUGGACUGACUGUAGGAUUGUUGCAGAGCUGUAGAGGACUGUAAAGGAUUGUUGUUUUUUGCUGACCCUAGAUAUACUCUUGUAUGUGGGAUUUACCUCUUUUUGUUGUGGUGGCUGCAAUAAACCCACACAGCAUGAAAAAAGAAGAUAAAAGAAGUAAAAGGUCUCCCUAAAGAUUAAACUUAUCUUGUGCCAAAUAUCUGUAACUAUACUGAAGGUAUUCUGUCUAACCCUGAAGGAGGAAACACAACCUCACAAACAGAGCUGCUGUAAGAUGUGGAGCAACACUGGAAGGAGGAGAGCUUCAACGUCACAUUACAGAAAUGAAACUGCAUGUUUGUCAGAGAGCUGCAGUCGAGACAAGUCUCUGUGUUUCUGUCUAAAGAAAUAUAAAACUGAGUUCAUCAGGUCUUUCUCAACAACAACAGACUCAAAUACUGUGUGUAGACAUGGCUGCUGCCAGCAAUCUGCAAUCUGAAGAUCAGUUUCUGUGCUCCAUCUGUCUGGAUGUGUUCACUGAUCCAGUCAGCACACCAUGUGGACACAACUUCUGCAAAAACUGCAUCACUGAACACUGGAAUACUAGUGACAGGUGCCAGUGUCCCAUGUGUAAAGAGGCUUUUACCACAAGACCUGAUUUGAGGAUCAACACCUUCAUCUCUGAGAUGGUUGUUCAGUUCAGACAGUCAGCUCAACAGAAAACCAGCAGCAGCAGCUCAGAGCAACAAGUGUCCAAACCAGGAGAAGUUCCCUGUGACGUCUGCACAGGAACCAAACUGAAGGCCCUGAAGUCCUGCCUGGUGUGUCUGGCCUCCUACUGUGAGACUCACCUGGAGCCUCAUCUGACAGUUUCACGUCUGAAAAGACAUCAGCUGAUCGACCCCGUGGAGAACCUGGAAGACAGGAUGUGUACGAAGCACGAUAAACCUCUGGAGCUGUUCUGUAAGACCGACCAGACAUGUGUCUGCAUGCUCUGCCUUGUUUUAGACCACAAGACACAUGAGUUUGUUCCUCUGAAAGAAGAAUAUGAAGGAAAGAAGGCCGAGCUGGGGAAGACAGAGGCUGAAAUCCAGCAGAUGAUCCAGAAGAGACGACUGAAGAUUCAGGAGAUCAAACACUCAGUCGACCUCAGUGAGGAAGAUGCAGACAGAGAGAUAGCAGAAGGUGUUCAGGUCUUCACUGCUCUGAAGGAGUCUGUUGAGAGAGGCCAGGCCAAUCUCAUCGACACGAUCAAAGAGAAGCAGAAAACAACAGAAAAACAGGCUGAAGCUUUCAUCAAAGAGCUGGAACAGGAAAUCUCUGAGCUGACGAAGAGAAGGACUGAAGUGGAGCAAAUCUCACGCUCUGAAGACCAACUCCAUCUUCUCCAGAGUUUCCAGUCCCUGAAAGCUGCUCCACCCACCAAGGACUGGACAGAGGUCAGCGUCCGUCCAUCAUAUGAGGGGACUGUGAUGAAAGCUGUGGCUCAGCUGGAGGAGACACUCAGUAAAGACAUGAAGAAGCUGCUUGAAGAUGAGCUCAAGAGGGUCCAGCAGUAUGCAGUGGAUGUGACACUUGAUCCUGAUACAGCUAAUCCUAAUCUCAUCCUGUCUGAUGAUGGGAAACAAGUGAAUCAUGGUGAUGUGAAGAAGAAUCUCCCAGACAACCCUGAGAGAUUUUCUGAUCGUGCUUGUGUUUUAGGAAAGCAGAGUUUCUCUUCAGGCAGAUUUUACUUUGAGGUUCAAGUUAAAGGAAAGACUGACUGGACUUUAGGAGUGGCCAGAGAGUCGAUCAACAGGAAGGGAGCCAUCACACUGAGCCCUGAGGAUGGUAACUGGACUAUAUGGUUGAGAAAUGGAAAUGAGUACAAAGCUCUUGCUGGCCCUUCAGUCAGUCUCUCUCUGAAGUCUCGGCCUCAGAAGGUGGGGGUGUUUGUGGAUUAUGAGGAGGGUCUGGUCUCCUUUUAUGACGUAGAUGCUGCAGCUCUUAUCUACUCCUUUACUGGCUGCUGCUUCACUGAGAAACUCUUCCCAUACUUUAAUCCUUCUCUUAAUGAUGGUGGUAAAAACUCUGCCCCUCUGAUCAUCUCUCCUGUCAAUCAAGCUGAGUAGACUGAUGAUAUUUAAAUGAAAAGGUUCACUGUCAUAUAACAGAACAAAUAUACAUAUUCAGUGGCAAUAUACAAUGUAAACCUGUUGUCUUCAGAAUUAAUCUUCAGGGCUGUUUUUCUGACAACAUGAAAAGUCGACUGUUUAGAGAUACGUGGUUCUCACAGGACAGCGACGCUAUAAACAUAUGAUGAUCUUAUAGACCAUGAUGCAUUGCUGUAGAUUAAACUAGCCAACAGUAUAUAAAGGAGUGAAAAUUAGCACAACCUU